AUGCCCAGCCUGAACAUCAUCCUCCCCCUCCUCCUCUUCCCCUCGGUGAGCGGUGUGAGGAGGUUAAGCCUGCCAGCGUGCGGAGGCGUGUUCGAUGCCACCGAGGCGGGUUACAUCACCUCCCCUGGUUACCCUCUGGAGUACCCCCCUCACCAGAACUGUCACUGGAUCAUCACGGUGCCGGAGCCCUCGCAGCGCAUCGUCCUCAACUUCAACCCGCACUUUGAAAUCGAGAGGCUGGACUGCAAGUACGAUUUUAUCGAGAUCCGCGACGGGACGUCAGAGAACUCCGAUGUUCUGGGUCGGCACUGCAGCAACAUCGCCCCGGCGCCCAUCAUCUCGUCCGGAUCCUCGCUGCAGAUCCGAUUCGUCUCGGACUACGCCCACCAGGGGGCCGGCUUCUCUCUGCGCUACGAAGUCUUCAAAACAGGGUCGGAAUUCUGCUUCCGCAACUUCACCAGCUCCUCCGGCAUGAUCGACUCCCCGGGCUUCCCGGAUAAAUACCCUCACAACCUGGAGUGCUCGUACAUGAUCAUCGCCCCGCCCCACAUGGACAUCGUCCUCACGUUCCUGACCUUUGACCUGGAGAACGACCCCCUGCUGGUGGGAGAGGGCGACUGCAAGUACGACUGGCUGGAAGUGUGGGAUGGCCUUCCGCAAGUGUCUCCUCUGAUUGGUCGGUACUGCGGGACGAAGAUCCCUCCGGAGAUCCAGUCGUCCUCCGGCCUGCUGUCCCUCUCCUUCCACACCGACAUGGCCGUGGCCAAAGACGGCUUCUCCGCCCGAUACAACAUGACGCACAAAGAAGUCAGCAACUCGUUCCACUGCAGCAUGGCGCUGGGCAUGGAGUCGGGGAAAAUCAGCGACGAUCAGAUCUCCGCGUCCACGUCCUUCUACGACAGCCGCUGGUUGCCCCGGCAGGCCCGCCUCAACAACGGAGACAACGCCUGGACGCCUUCAGAGGACAGCAACAAGGAGUACAUCCAGGUUGACCUCCACUUCCUGAAGGUUUUGACAGGCAUCGCCAUGCAGGGGGCCGUUUCAAAAGAGACGCAGAAGUCCUACUACGUCACCACCUUCAAGAUGGAGGUCAGCACCAACGGGGAGGACUGGAUGGUGUACCGGCACGGCAAGAACCACAAGAUUUUCCACGGCAACACAGACCCGACUGAGGUGGUUCUGAACCGCGUCCCGCAGCCGGUCCUCGCCCGGUUUGUUCGUAUUCGACCACAGACCUGGAAGAACGGCAUCGCCCUGCGCUUCGAGCUCUACGGGUGCCAGAUCACAGGAGCCUCUCCAACAUCUUGCCCUCCCCCCUUUCUCCCCCAGCCGUCAUCCUCUCCUUACUCCCUACUUCCCCUGCCUCCUGGCUCCUCGUAUUAUACCUCCCUCAUCCCCUUAAUCCUCAUUUCUGCCUCUCACAUCCUCCCUCAGCAAGUUCCCCUCAGUGCAACCCGCUCAUCCAUAUCUGCAGGAGUUUCAUUUCCAAGUGCUUUUGCAUGUACGCGGGACUUUCCCCACAGUCAGUGA